AUGCACACAACACAGCUGCUUUCCCGGCGUAUCGACGCCACGGAUACCCCCGUGAUCGACUUCACCCGGCGGCUCAUGGCGCAGAGGAAGGACGCCCUGUCCCUGGCACAGGGUAUCGUGCACUGGGGCCCUCCUCCGGCCGCCCUGGAGCGAUUGACCGCCCGCUUGGUUUCGGAGCCUGCUGCGAUCAGCGGCUACGCGCCCAAUGAGGGGCUUCCGGCUCUGCGGGCGGCGCUGCGACGCAAGCUGCUGGAGCGCAACCGCCUGCCGCACUACGACGUUAUCGUCACGCCGGGAUGCAAUCAGGCAUUCGUGAACGUGCUGCUGUCCCUGUGCGACGUGGACGACAGAGUGGUGCUAUUCCAGCCGUACUACUUCGACCACCUCAUGGCGAUACAGAUGACUGGCAGUGCGGAUCGAGUCGUGUUGGGGGAGUGCGACCCGGUCACCAUGCGACCCUCCCGGGAGUGGUUGCGGAGGGAGCUGUCGGGCCCUAUGCCGCCCAAAAUGGUGGUCAUCGUCAAUCCCUGCAACCCCACAGGGUUGUUGCUGACGCGUGACGAGCUGAAUGAGAUCAGCGGCCUGUGUGCGGCUGCGGGUACCUGGCUGGUGCUUGAUAACACGUACGAGGACUUCAUAUUCGCACCGGGGGAGCACUACUGCCCCGCAGGACCCCACGUCAUCCACUUGUUCUCAAUGUCCAAGGCGUACGGCAUGAUGGGCUGGCGCGUUGGUUACAUCGCGAUUCCUGACUACGAUCACCACAACAAGGACGUGGAGGGGGAGGUGCAAGACGCGGUGUGUAUUUGUGCCCCCCAGCCAAGCCAGCUGCUCGCACUGGAGGCUCUCGGUCCGGGGGGCAGGGAGCACGUGGACCAACACGUCAGUAAAUUGGCAGCCAAUCGCGACCUGCUCCGUUCGGCGCUGAGCUGUCUGGAGCCGCACGUGCUAGGCGGUGAGGGGGCCAUCUACUUGUGGGCUCGACUACCCCCCAGUUGCGGGGGUGACGACCGGGGCGCGGUGGAGUGGCUGGUCCGGGAGGCCGGUGUGUGCGUCAUUCCGGGCUCGGCGUUCGGAAUGCCGGGAUAUAUCCGGUGCUCCUACGCGAAUUUGCCGCCGGAGAAGUUCCCGGCUGCGGUGGAGCGUUUGAGAGAGGGUCUGGAGCAUCUGGUGGCGUACGGCAUGACGGACAUGGGGCAACAGCAAACAAUGCCGUAA